CUGUCGCUGUCUGUUUUUUCUUUCUUUCUUGUGUCUCUUUUCUUUCUGUGUCUCCGGAUUGUUUGUGAUAUUUUUCAGGAACCACAGUUGUUUUAAAAUGGAAGCAGCAGUAAAAGAAAAUCCUAAUGAAUCUGCUGUAAAAGCAGCACCUGAAGCCGCAGCUAACGAAGAACCACCGGCUCCACCACCUCAAGAUCCUCCGAAGAAAUCCAAAAAAGAAGACAGAGUCAAAAAGGAUGACAAAAAUGUUGAGCAGUUCAUGAAAUCGUUGAACUCUGUGCCAUCGUACGAGGAGAAAUUUGCCACCGUCUGCAAGAAGUACGUACAGACUGCAGAUGAGAAUAAAAAGCUUCAGUUUUACAUCAAACAGUCCGACAAGCGUUAUGCGCUGUUGUUGAAAGAGAAAGAACAGUUACAACAUGAGUUCAACAAGACAAUACUUGUUAAAUCAAAAUUGGAGAAUCUCUGCCGUGAAUUGCAGAAACAGAAUAAAGCCAUCAAGGAAGAAUCUCUCCUCAAGAUUCGUGAAGAGGAAGAGCGUCGUAAGGAAACACAGGCCAAGUUCCAGAACACGUUGAUGGAGAUCACCACACUACUGAACCAAAACAAUGAAAAGAACGCCAAGUUGAGGGACGACAACAUCAGCAUGAGUGAGAAGUUCAAGAGUGUUGUACAGCAGUACCAAUUGAGAGAACAACAGGUGGACAAAAUGGCCAAACAAAUGGCACUCGAGAGUCAAUUAUCAGAUGCUAAAAUGCAAAAAGCCAGUCUCGAACACCAAGCAGAGAGAGAACGGAUCGUCGCUGAAAUGGAACAGCUUAAAGUGUCCGUAGCGCAGUACCGAGCUAAGAUACUCGAGCUGCAAGGCACCGAGACAGCGUUGAGAGGGCAGCUAGCGGUUUACACGGACAAGUAUGACGAAUUCCAAAAUGCGUUGGUGAAGAGCAACCAGGUGUUUGGUGGAUUCAAAGAACAGAUGGAGAAGAUGUCAAAGAAAAUCAAGAAGCUAGAGAAAGAAUCUCUAUCCUGGAAGAGUCGAUGGGAGACGUCUCAGACCGCUCUCUUGGAUAUGUGCGGGGAGAGACAAGCCAGCGAGGAGAAGGUGGCCAAUACUGCGAGGCAGCUGCACCAUAUGCAGAGCUUGUGUCGUACUCUACAGGCCGAACGCACGCUACUCCUGGGCACGCUCAAGGAGAACAACAUCGAACGGCCGCCGCUGCCGCCCAUCUCGCCCGUGCCCGUGCCUGUCGCUGUGCCGUCCAACGCUGCCCUGCCCAACAACAACGCCAAGGUCGACGCAAUGGCCGCCAACUGUGUCCAGCUGAGACAAAGUUUAGCGCACCUACAAUCACAACUCAACAGCCUAACUAAAAAGAAUGAGACUAAAGAAGAAUCACCUAAACCAGAGAAAGCCAAAAAGUCUAAAGCCAAAAAGAACAAAGCUAAAGCUGGAGAGAAAUCAACAGAAAAAGAAGAGACAAACGGUGGUCAAGAGCAAGAAGAAGAAAAGCCAGUAGAAAAAGUAGAAAAGAAACAAAAUAAAGCACAAAAGGUAGAAAAACAAGCGCAAAAUGAAGAAAAAGAAACAAAAGAAGAUAGCAAGGAAUCUCCUAAAGAAGAGGCUUCUGCUACAGAAGUAGCAAAGGAAAUUGAAACAACCACCAAUGGAGAUAACGCUCAACUUGAUAUAGGAGAUGAGAAAGUGGACGACAAAACACUAGAAAGUCUAAUACAAGCAAUCAAUAAUGCCAACAUCAAUCUCUGCGACUUAGAAGUCGGCGAUGAUGAAAACGAUCUUGACAGUGCAAUAGUCGAUAGCAUGUUAGCAGUCGAAAUGAAUGAAAACAACGAAAGCACUGCAAAUACAAACGGCGACAACAAACCAGCCGAAACCAAAACAAAUGAAGUCGUAGAACCCAAAGUAUCUGAAGUGACGGCUGAUAAAUUAACAGUAGAAGCUAAAGAAAAACAAGUGCCGAAAGAAAAAACAAAUGCAGUAGAACCUAAACAAAACAAAGUGCCAGAAGGAAAAGUAAAUGUAGUUUCAAACACAGAGGUGAAGCAGAUUUUAAAUGAAGCAAAUUCUAAUGACGAAGUUUCACACAUACCCGAAGUGAAGCCAAUCUCAGUUGAGACCGCGUAAAUGCAAAUUCAACUGUAAAAACUGUUUGAACUAAUUUUUUACGUUCAUAUAGUGAAAAAAGUGUUUUUGUAAGUGUUCUAGUAUUUUUUGUUGGUCUCAAAGUUUUGUACCUCGUGUGUUUUGUUAUGAAGACGGCAAUUAAACGAAUCUUUUGAAAUUAUGUAAAGUGCCUAUGUAUUUCUAGAUCUUUCUAGUCAGAUAUCGGUAUUGUUUCUUAUGUAAUAAAGUCCAUUUUCGCAAUCUUUAGUUUGACUGUAAACUAUUCACAAAAGUUCUUAUACGUCUACAUUUAAUACAAUUUUUUUGUUCUGAAAUAUGAUUUUAUU